AUGCUGAUUAUCAGGAAUCUUUAUUUUAGCACCACGGUAUUGGAUACGUGUCAUCGAAUCAUCAGCGUCACCGAAGGAUAAAUACUGGAUCUCGUGAGGGAAGUCAGUCAGUAUCACACACUCAUCAGCGUCACCGAAGGAUAAAUACUGGAUCUCGUGAGGGAAGUCAGUCAGUAUCACACACUCAUCAGCGUCACCGAAGGAUAAAUACUGGAUCUCGUGAGGGAAGUCAGUCAGUAUCACACACUCAUCAGCGUCACCGAAGGAUAAAUACUGGAUCUCGUGGGGGAUGUCAGUCAGUAUCACACACUCAUCAGCGUCACCGAAGGAUAAAUACUGGAUCUCGUGAGGGAAGUCAGUCAGUAUCACACACUCAUCAGCGUCACCGAAGGAUAAAUACUGGAUCUCGUGAGGGAAGUCAGUCAGUAUCACACACUCAUCAGCGUCACCGAAGGAUAAAUACUGGAUCUCGUGAGGGAAGUCAGUCAGUAUCACACACUCAUCAGCGUCACCGAAGGAUAAAUACUGGAUCUCGUGAGGGAAGUCAGUCAGUAUCACACACUCAUCAGCGUCACCGAAGGAUAAAUACUGGAUCUCGUGAGGGAAGUCAGUCAGUAUCACACACUCAUCAGCGUCACCGAAGGAUAAAUACUGGAUCUCGUGAGGGAAGUCAGUCAGUAUCUUAGUGUGUGAACAGAGUCGGUGGGCGGCUUCAUGAAAGCUCUGCUCGAAAAAGAAGAUCUAUUGUAAUUUACACAGUAGUGUCACAGAAGAGGGAAACAACGGAGACUCCAAUGAUUUGGCCGGAUAGAGAAAGCUAGAUUCUGGAGAAGACACACAAGAGGACAAAUUUAAGAGAUUUUUUUCAGGAUCUUAGGGACAUGAAAAUGUGCACUGAAGAUUCAAUGAAUCAUUGAAGCCACUGUAUACGUAUUCUGUUACAUUCAAUCAAGAAGUUUUAAAACCGGUGGCUUAAAAUGGUGUCCAUGAAAGGUCUGUGCCGAUUCUGCUUGGGUGUGAUUAUAUUUUUGACUGUGACUGUGACUGCUAAUCCGACGUCAAAGGAUGUUCAAAAUGUCCUCAACUUUCUACAGAAUAAGGUUGACCGUCGUCUUCGGCCAGUUUCCAACCAGUCUAAACCUGUUGGUGUCAGCUUGACCUUCCACAUCCUCACCAUCACGGACCUCGAUGAAGUCGAGCAAAAGUUAUCCUGCACGGGAUGGAUGGAUAUCUCGUGGACCGACGAGUUCAUGACGUGGAACGAGACUGAAUACAAUGGCAUCAGACAAGUGUAUCCGCCCUCUGACUCGCACUGGCUUCCUUUCCUAGCUGUGGCCAAUUCCAUCGAAGAGAUGCGUCCUCUUGGACAGAACAUUAUCAUCACCAAGGCGUUGUCUAACGGUACAAUGCACUGGUACCCCGCAGACUCCUUCAUUACGGCCUGUACCGUCGACAUCAGUAAAUACCCGUAUGACACCCAGACAUGCGUGAUAGAAUUCUUUCCCUGGGGGAGAUCAUCUGAUGAAAUUAGGAUGAUGGUGGGGGAUGGUGUUCCUCUUUAUAAUUACCGUGAAAAUGGAGAAUGGGAACUGAUAAAGGCAUAUAUGCAUCCGUGGACGAAGUUUACUGGUACUGGCUAUAUCUCCAUGGCGUACGUCACCUUCAUCAUCCGACGGCGUCCAGCGUUCUUCAUCCUGAACGUCAUCCUACCCGUCCUCCUCCUGUCGCUCCUCAACGUCCUGGUGUUCCUCCUGCCGGCUGAGUCAGGGGAGAGGGUGUCCUAUGCCGUCACGGUGCUCCUUGCGCUGGCAGUGUACCUAAGCUUCAUCAGCGAGACCAUGCCCAAGACCGCGGAGUCAGUGUCCAUGCUGUCCGUCUACUUGACCAUCAUGCUAAUUGUCAGUGCGACCAGUGUGGCUGGGUCGAUCUGGACCCUCGUGCUCUACCACCGAGACCGGAAGAGACCGAUUCCAAGAUGGCUGACUCGCUUCAUACGUAGACGACGACGGCAGACGGCCCCCACUUCUGGAGCGGACAGUCAACAGAGGGAAGAUGACCAGUUUCCUGAAGGUAAACAGAACGAGACAACUUGGGUUCAUAUAUCCAGACAUGUUGACAAAAUCUUCUUCUCAAUCUGUAUGCUGGUGAUUGUGCCCGCUACCGCCCUGCUCAUGGUCAUGAUAUUUCUAUUUAUUUUUUUAUUUAUUUAUUUAUUGGCGAAUGUCGUUUUCUUGUCCGUCAUUUCAUUGUCCCAGGAUAACGGGCUGGCAGACAGUGGGAUGGUGGGACACCCAGUAGACAACACAUGUAAAUAUAUCAGUCCCGGGGUAACGGGCUGGCAGACAGUGGGAUGGUUGAACACCCAGUAG